GACAGGGAGGCGUGGCUAACUCUUUAAAGGGCUCCCUGAGCUGCUCCUCCGGUUGCAGACUGAUCUGAACUGAAGGGUUUAUAUAGUGCUGCUAAAUUUAGGCUCCAGUGAGCGCUCAGCCUCCUUAUCCUGAACGUGUUUCCUCCUCUCCUUGCAAUUGGCUUGGUGCGCCCCCCUCGUGCCUUUAUUUAUCAUCUAGGCCCCCUCUCACUGCAGGAAAGUUUAGUAGUCGUACUGCACGGACGGACCUCUCUUCUGAGAGGUUUAAUACUGGAACUUUGUAAAACUUUUUUAUUUCUUUGAUUGAUUUGAUUUUGUUGCUGCUGCCAUACUGACCCGGGUUUAAGGAGCACAGAGAUGGCCCUGACCGAGACCAUCCUCCCGUCUUUCUCCACGUUUGCGAAUCCGAGAGAAAAGUGCUUACAAGAAAAAUGGAAGAGCAUAUAUGAGUCUAAGUCUUCACUCAACAGCUGCAAUGUCCUGGAAGCAAUUCACAACAUGGACCCAUUCUGCACCAAGAAAGAGGAUGAAGAUCUCAACAAUGUUCUAGAGUUUGUGCUGUCCAUGGGAGCGGACAAGAACAUCCAGACCUGUGGAGAUUAUUCUGUGUCUCCUACUGAAUCCUGCACUUACUACCAAACAACCCCUUCUCCAGGGGGCUACAGUACCGAGCACAGUCCACCUCCUUACAGUUCAUCCAGCCUUAUGACCGAACUUUUGAGAUCUGACCUGGACAACUACUGUCAUGCAAACAAUGUUCAGGGCAGGUUUUUCAUUUCUCAGAACUUUGAUUUUCCAGACUCAAUCAAAACAGAACCAACUAUGGAUUCUUAUGGACCUGUCAUUGGCUUGGUGCCUCAGUCUUGUUCAAAGAUUAAGCAGGAAGGCAGUGCUGCUUGCAUGAUGGCAUAUGACCAGCCAAGGCUGGCAAACUCUCCACAGAUGGGAGGCAUUGACACCCCACCUCUGAGCCCAGAUGACCUCAUGAUGAAUGACUGUCAAACACAAUUGAUGUGCCAUCCAACAAUGCCAUACAGCCAUGGUUACCAGAAUACAACGGCUUUUCAUCAUCCAUCUUCCAAUCAGUAUCAGGGAGCUUCUCAGUUUAGCAUGUUUGAGGACAGUUUACCUAUGCAGUUGUCUGCUGCCAGAGGGGUUGUAACUCCUCCAUGCUCACCUUUGGAAAUCCUAGAUGCCAAACCAAAGAGGGGGCGCAGAUCAUGGCCCAGAAAGAGAACUGCUACGCAUACCUGCUCCUAUGCUGGCUGUGGGAAGACUUACACAAAGAGCUCUCAUCUCAAGGCCCAUCUAAGAACCCAUACUGGUGAAAAACCUUAUCACUGCAACUGGGAAGGAUGUGGAUGGAAGUUUGCCAGAUCCGAUGAACUUACACGCCACUUCCGCAAACACACUGGUCAUCGGCCCUUCCAGUGUCACCUUUGUGACCGUGCCUUUUCCCGCUCAGACCACUUGGCCCUGCACAUGAAGAGGCAUAUGUAAAACUUGGACUAUAGCAACUCAGUGUGGCACAUUAAAUACAUGAACUGUUCUUUUUGUGGACUGACUUGGGUCACACUACAGCUGGUUCUGCAUGGGCUUCUUCAUGUCCUCCUGCAUCUCUAGUGGACCUUGCAAAGAAAAACUUGACUUACCGAAGACAAAAGGCUGGACCUAGUAACUUGAACUUGCGCAUUAACUGGAACACCUCAUGGAUGGGGUUAUUUAGACAUAUCUGUAGAAAAAUCUGUAUUUUUUUUUUUGACUGUUAACCCUUUGCUUGCUUUAAAAGCAGCAAACAGCAUUUCACGGGGCAUUGAAUGUUAAACAUGGAUGAAAUAUACUUAGACUGCAUUGUGUGAUACACAAUGGUUCCAUGUAUUUGAAAUCUGUAUUCUUCAUAGAGCUCUCCUAUUGAUCCCAGGUCCUGUCACUACAGUAUGCACUUCCCUUACCUAUAGAUAUUUCAUGGGGGCACUUGUUAAUCACUGUAAUGUAUGCGGACUGGGUAAAGUUUUCCAGAAGAAUUUUUUACAUUUGGUAAUCUCCUUUACAGUGAAUGUAUGUAUUUGUGACAUUCCAUUGUUUAACUUGAUUGUAACUCCCUACUACAAGACAAUGUUUGUAUGAAACUGCCAUAUUGUGACAUUAUUUUUCCUUUGACGGGAUGAACAUUCGAGUAUUCGAUAUUUUGUUCUGUUAAAUAUAUGGAUUGCAUUAAAAAAAACUUCCCAUGGAAUAUUUUAUAUACAGUGUUUGCAAUGUUACACUAUAAAACUGCAGGGCUAGAGGUCUUGCCUGAAAAAACCUUUUAUAUUAUUUAUAUGUAAUUAUACAUAUCUGUAAAUACAUUUGUACAGUGUACAUAUGACGACAAAUGGCACAUUGCUGUUUUUGUUAAAA